GUGACAGUGUGAACCGUGUGCAUCACCGUAUUCUGCUUCAUAAUGUAAGAAACCAGUGAGACAUGCAUUACAAUGCUGCAAUCUCACACCACCCAAAAGGCACCAUGCGUUCGUUUCGGCAACCCGUUUUUGGAUUUGGCAAAAAAAAAAAAAACUCCAAUCGGAUGGAUGCUCGUCACAAGGUUGGAGAAUUUCUGGUGGUCAUCUCCCCGCCAUCAAUUUGCAACCAUUGUCUCUUUUUUGAUGGAAUUCCAAGGAUUUCCUCGUAUCCACAGUAUUUUUUAUGCCGUGUUUGAUAUUAUCAAGGGAACCGUUGUCAAGCAUCAAGUACCUGAAGGCAGCAUUACACCACAAUCUCCCGAUGAUGCCAAUGGCAACACCGUUGUCUCCUCUACCAAACCACUCAUUGACUUUGAAGCCAUCAGUGAAUACAUCAUUCCCAAAAAGCAACUCUAUAAACGUCUAGUCACCAUAUGUGCAAAUAAUUACAAGGUCAUGGGAUGUCCCGUUGUUCUUCACGAUCACGAGAAGUACCGUGAUUUUCGUAACGAAUUUCGCUUCAAUUGUUGCUUUGUCUUUGAACGCGAUGCCGAAACCGGAAGUUACGAAGCUGUUGUGCGCAAAUUAUCUCGCGUACUCGAAGGAUUGGAGUUGGAAUGCGAUUUCUUAUCUCAAGAUGCUAAUUCCGAAUCAAGAACGGUGCAAAACGUGAUUGAGCAAUUAUUCGAAGAUCUCAACAGUUAUUGCGAGUGCCAAAUACCUAUUAAUUCCUGCAAUACCAUUAACCUCAAGUUGUUCCCUACCUAUCCCAACCCGCAACCCGUGAGCGAUUAUCAGGUGCCAGUCUGCACUGUCGAUCUGAAGAAAAUUAUGACCCCCAAUUGGGAUAUUACAGUGCAAAAAGUCGCACAGCAUAUUGACGGCACGAAUCAUGUAAAACGGAUUGCGGAGUUGGCUAAUUGUCGGCCAGAGUGGGCCAGACAAUGUAUGGAACAUCUCAUGUACUAUGGUUGCAUUAUCAUGACCGACAUUUUCCAAUUCGCCAAUAUCUAUGCCGUGAAACCCGAUAUAACACGCCUCAUCGAUAUGAAGUCUGGCCUGGCCCAAGAAUGCUUACGUUAUGUCACUUUACCAAAUCAUCCACCACCCUCGCUUUCGCGAGUAUUUGCCUUGUACUGCGGUUUACAAUACGGAUCAUCUGUUCGGGAUUGGAUAGAGGAACAUCAGGUCAGCAAUUUACCAAUUGAUGUCAGACGGUUCAUUUCAUUCGGCAUCAUCAAGGGUCUGAUUUAUCGAGUCCAUAAAUAUCCCAUGUUGACAAAUACCAGCCAUAGUAAUGAUAACAAUGCUCCAUCUUUCCCAGUAAGGACACAGUACAGCAAAAUCAUCAAUUUGAACACGGGCACCACUAUCCAUCCAGACAUCAUUCCUUUUUUGGACGGACGGCACCAUUAUGAUGAGAUAUGCACAGCCUUGAAAUGCUCUCCUCAAGAGUUGGAUGAGCAGCUUGGUUUCCAAAACAACACGCUAAAUCCUGCAUCCUCAGCAAGUCUGAUCCAUGAUCGUAAUUACGACCACCACCCUCCUGAGAUUCAUCAUCAAGGUCAUGACAAAGUCGAGCAAGACCACGAAGAAAACGCCCAAUGGUGUAUUCGAUUUAUUUAUCGGUAGCCGGAAAUAAAUAAAAAAAGAAGCACUAUUGCUGCAUCAUAAUAGCAAAG